AUGAGUCUCGAUCUAACCCUUCAAUCUAGACUAUCGAUUGGUGCACCUGUUGACUCAAAAGCACUAUCUACCGCAGAAGAGGAUCAAGCAGAACUCAAAAACUACGAUAUGAAGAUUUAUCAGAAGUCUAUGAAGAUGGCGGAAGAUUUAAAAGCUGAAUUGCGUGCACUCCGGAUUCCCUUCUUUGUUCUCAAGGAUAGUCUUGUUCAAGACUCGUCUCCAGCGAAUCUUGAUGGUGCUCUUGGCGGAGGUUCAAAGCUGUCCAAAGCUGAGCUUAUGAAUUUGCAGCGUCGUAUGCUAGAAUUACUUGAGGUUCGUUGUGAAGAUUGA